AUGGAUUUUUGCGUGGUGGAAAACACAAAUGACUUCCUACUAUGGAAGGAUGCCGAAUCGGAGGAGCUGUACGACUCCGAUACUAACACUUACUACGCCAAAUGUGAGACCGACACUAAGACAGGCCUCCAGGUGGUGUCUGGUAUAGGCGGGCUCAUGACUGAUCUCACGGCUGCAGGCGGCACCAUUACAAUCGGAUGUGGUACAGACUUUUGCAGCGCAUCAACAGAAACG